AUGAAAGAAUUUGAUUACAGAAAAGUAGCUUGGUUAUUUAUUGAAGAAGGUAUUAAGGAAGAAUUAGUAGAAGAUUUUGUUAAGUUUGAAAAUGAUUUUGUAUUUGUUAAUGAACUUUAUAGCUAUUUAAAAGAUAAAAACAACGAUUUGUUUAGAAUUUAUAGCAAGAGGUUGAAUAAAGAGAUUUUAAAUGUUAAAUUUGAUAAAAUAGACAUAAAAGAGGAUAUUUCUCGUAGGAGACAAAAAAAUAAAGAGUUUAAGAAAAGAUCAAGGAAAAAGAACAAAAUUAAACAAAAAGCUAAAUUGAAAGCAUGUAAAAUUGCUAAAGAUCGUAGAGAUGAUAACAUAAAGAGAAAAGAACAAUAUGAAGAGGUAGAAAAACAGAUAAGAAAGCACUAUAGGUUAUAA